CCCGCCAUGGCCAAGGACCACCUGUUCAAGGUGUUGGUCAUCGGAGACUCCACGGUGGGCAAAACCUCUCUGGUGCAGCGCUACGCCUACGACAGCUUCAACAAGAACUACAAGUCCACCGUGGGGGUGGACUUUGCGCUGAAGAUUUUAGAAUGGUCAGACACUGAGACUGUCCGACUCCAACUUUGGGAUAUAGCAGGCCAGGAGCGCUUCACCUCUAUGACCAGGCUUUAUUACAGACAGGCAGGAGCAUGUAUUAUUAUGUUUGAUGUCACAAAUGUGACAACGUUUUGGAACUGCCUCAAGUGGAAGCAUGAUUUAGAUGGCAAAGUCACUUUGAUGGAUGGAAGCCCGGUGCCAUGUGUUCUUCUAGCCAACAAGAGUGAUUUAGCGGAAUGGGCUGUCACCAAAGAAGAGAUUGAAAGGUUCAGUAAACAAAACCAUUUUGUCGGCUGGAUUGAAACCUCGGUAAAAGAGAACAAGAAUAUUAAUCGGGCCAUGAGUGUUUUAGUGGACUGUUUGAUGUCACAACUUAGUUUGGGAUCACCUACCCAAAACCAAGGGGAAUAUAUUCAGCUUGUGAAAGAACCAGCAAGCAAAACUCGUACGAAUGCGGGAUGCUGCUGAGAAAAUAAAGCAACAAUCUCCCUGAAACCUGUAAAGGAGUAUUAUUACUAUGCAACCAAGUGUGCCAAUGGAAUUGAAUUUACUUUUUUUUUAAAAAACGAGAUUGUUUCUCGAGGAGUUCUGGACAUUGAAAUGUUGCAUAUUUCACCGCCAGGCAAGUUGGUGCCAUUUUGUUUUGAUUCCAGAAUGAAACGUCUUUUUAUUUUGAACAAAAGUUUAAACUGGUCAGCGGGCUGGACUGUUUCUACCAGGACUUUUAGUUCUGGUUUGCCCUGUUGAUUAAGGACCAGCAGUAGUCUAUUUCAAUUCAAGCUUCACCAGAAACUGUUUAGAAGGGUACAGUCUUGUGACGCAUUUUGCAGUUUAAAUAGUAAUUUCUGUAUCACAAAUUUGGGGCUCAGUUGUUUUUGUUAAGAUUCUUUUAUCCCAAUGUGAAUUCUUCUUAAAAUUCUUUUAUAAUGUAGUUUAAGCUUGGCGUGGGGUUGGGAAAAUAAGUCAUUACAGUUUAUUUGGUUACGAGGAUCAACUAUUCACUUAAAUGGGUGUAAUUUACUUAUUUUGUAAAAGUACAAACCAAUGUUUGGGCUAUUAUGCACUGUUACAUUCCUUUGCUAUUGCACAGACAGUUCAUUUGUGAAGCCACUGUUCAAUGUGGGUGAGACAACUUUGCUGGCUUUUCUACUCACUGGCAAAGGAAAAUUGCAGAAAUGUUUUGUUAAUUCUCAAAGGAACCUGGGAGCUAUUUGAUUUAGAAUUAUUGAGGUUUUUAUUUAUCCUAACAUAACGAGGCAACAAAUAUUUUUAUUAAGACCAAUUUUUAAGAAGCUUCAAAUGAACUCGUAGGUAGGUUGGGUUAGCAGCCUUUGUGUGUGUGUGUGUGUGUGUGUGUGUACUAUGACAGUUAUUUCUAAUUCCGUUCAGAUCUUGAGUAUAAUGUUUCUUUUGUUCAAAGGUAUUUUGUACGUUUUGUUGAAAUUACUGUGCUCAGCUGUAAGACCAAAUUUGAGAGGAGUAAUGCUAGGGAAGUCCUGGAACUAGUCACAAUCUGUGUUGAGUUUUGGGUAUUUCAGUGCUGCUAAUACCGUAUCGAAAUGCUGCUUACCUCUUUUAUUAGAAAGGGGAUGAUUGUUGACUAGUUGUGCCUCGUGUUGGAACUUGCAGAUGUGCUGCCGUUAGAUUUUAGCACUUUCAUGUGUGGAGACUGCACUGAGAUCCAGGUGGGUGCUAUUUAGAAAGUCGGAGCGAUGUAAAUAAUGCAACUUAAGUAGUUUUCAUACUUUAUUAUUAAUAUCCUUCAACCCUCGCUCUACAAAAGUAAAUACUAAAUGAGAAAUGCUAGCCAUGUGAAAUGCUACAUAUUUGUGGUAUUCUUGGAAUACACUUAAACAAUGUCCCACUACUAUAUAAAAAUGCUAUUGUGAGACUCCAAAGAAUAAUUGGUUUAUGGUUAUUUAAAUUGCCUUUGCUAUGUACAAUUCUGCAUUCAGUUUGGGUAGGUGGCUUGGUUCCAACCCUCUGUAACUAGUAUGCUGGUAGCAGGUGUUAGGAAAUGUGACCCAAUUGCUGUUUAAAUUUUCCACCUCUUUGAUGAGGAAGUGUAACCACUAACAGAUAAACUGAGGUCAUUCUUUGUUUUUCACAACAUAAUGCCUUUUGCUACCACACGAAAAUGUUAAGUAUUAAGAUGCAUUGUGCAAUAACAUAGCAAUAACAUCUUAAGCCCUGUAGGCAUUUUAAUGCAGUUUAUAGACAGAUUUUUACUGGUGUAAUGUUUAAAAAAAUGAAUAAAUAAUCCUAAAUUUCUGUUGGACAACACUUAAAUACUAUUGGCCAUUAUGACUGCAUCAAUAGACUUGGUUUGGUUGAUAAAAUAAUCUCCCAAGAAUUCACAAAUUAAAGUUGUUGCUAAUUGCUUAGGCUAUAUAUUUUUGUUAAAAUUAUGCAUGAAUGUUUUGUACAAUCUUGUAUAUACUGUAUGGUUUAUCACAUAGUUGGGUGCUCAAUUUACUUGAGGCAGAUUCCAGUAAGGUAGUAAUUUUACAUUCUUUUGUAUAUGAAAUGUAUUAUAAAUAAAAAAAUAAUUUAAAAGUC